CUCUGAUGUUGACUCUUACAACGUUUUGCUUCGCGUCAGAAACGAAGCCAUCAUGAUUUCCAAGGCGAUACUCAAUUGCGCCGGGCUUUUCGCCCUCUCGAACCUGCUGCCCGUCCAGGCUAUCCCAAGAGAAUACACUCCAACAACCACCUUUUCUGCCGCUGAAACUGUGACUCCAGCUGUGGUGACUCAGAGCAAUGUUACCUCUCAUGGCCCCUUUACCGGACCGCCAGCAACUACCACCGGGGCUCUCUCAACUUCGGUUUUAGCCUCUGCGAUACUCCCUCGACCUCCUGCUCCGGGGUCGUUCAAUUACACAGCUGAUGGCAAGCUUCACGGCCCCGAGCCUGCACCGUUUACUCCCAACGGCGGCAUCGGGACUAAUGGCUCUGCCCCGGUAUACCGAGUCCAAAGUGAUUACGACUACCAGUCACUCGCUUUGGCUCUCUACCAGGAAUGGAUAGAACUCGACUUGUUUCACUGGGGUUUAAAAAAUUUUACGACCAAACAGUUUGAGGCGAACGGGAUCAACGCCAAGGACAGGUUCCUCAUUGAGUACAUGGCCGACCAGGAGAUUGGACAUGCCACUGUUCUCACCAACAUGCUCGGUCCGCAGGCACCCAAGCAGUGUACUUACAACUACCCUGUUUCCAAUGUCCGGGAAUUCAUCGAUUUUAACCAAAAACUUACACGGUGGGGAGAGGCGGGCGUUUACGGCUUUCUGCCACACUUGAACUCUGGUCCGGCAGCCCAAUUACUGCUCCAGAGCAUCACGAUUGAAGCUCGCCAGCAACUCAUCUUCCGUCAGUUCGGCGGGCAGUUCCCCAUGCCGGAAUGGCAUACACCUGGAAUACCCCAGAGUUGGGCAUGGUCUCUGUUGGCGCCGUACAUCUCAAGCUGUCCUUUAAACCAGACAAGAUUGGUGUGGCAGAACUUCCCUGCGCUGUAUAUCCUCAAUCAGCCCAAUCCAGCUCGCAUCAAUGCCUCUGCCGCGUUCAACGAGACCACUGGCGGCUGGGCCAACACUCUGUCUACCAAAAACAUCUCCAGUUCUCAGCUUUGCUUCAAUGCGACCAACAAGACGCUAGACUGCUCGCCAGCCAUCACCCAGAAUCGCAGCAUCCCACUUUCAUACCCAGGCCGCCAGGUUUUCUUGCGCUGGGACAACCCAGGGCAGUUAGUCGGACCAAACAACAGCUAUGUGACUUCUACCACGGUGAGACGGCCCAGGUUUGCGGCUUGGGUAUCGCAGCUGAACGUCACGUACUCGCCACUGCUCAACGUGAGUCAGCUAGGCAAUACGGCGUUCACAUUCCAACCCAAUGUGUCGACAUGGGAUCAUGAUCCGGCCAUCAAUGGGACAAUGUUCCUCGCACUCACGGAUACAAAUCUGCCUGUCACGCCAUACAAUUUAAGUCUUAUUAACCCUCAUGUCGCCGCUCUUGCGGUGUAUCAGGCUGGUUAGGUACAUACUCUGCAAGUGAUGGAAAGAACUCUAGUUCUAUAGAUUUACCAUAUCUGUCAUGAGCUGGAUUCAUGUCAUUAAUCUAGUAGAUUUAUGUAAGUUCUGUUAGAUAAUACGUGUGGAAUACGCAAACUAGGGGCAGCUUCUGGAGUGUUCUCCGUCAUCGUUGUGUGAUGCUGAAUUGCAACGACUCAGUCUAUAAGCAACUAUGUAUCAUACUAUCGUCAUUUCAUGAUUGAAUUUAGUUAUAACUACGUUGAUAUUGUACUUAACACUCAAUGAAACCAUGCACAAUAUGGUAUAUGUACUGACAUAUAUUACUGACACGUACAAACUGCGACUUGUAUGUAUUUAUCGGUAUAGACACGCG